CACAGACAGGAUUGAGUAGCUGUAACAGAAAUCCCAAUGGCCUACAAAGCCUGAACCUGGAGGCACCAUGGUUCCGAGUUGGAGGAAGAUGGAGCUGUCUACUCCCGUCAAGAGUUACAGUCCGGGAAUCCCACUGGAGCAGGUGGUCCUGUGAUCAUGCAGACGGGAGUGCCCCCGUGUGUUGGAUGAGGUCUUUGAGCACACCAUGUCAUCAUGCAUCUCUAGCCAGCCCAGUGAAGACCAGGCCGCCCCCCAGGAUGAGCUGGGGGGCGGGGGUGGCGACGGCAGCAGGGAAGCCCAGAAGUCCUGUGAGGCUCUUCAGGGCCUCUCGACCUUGAGCCUGCGCCUGGGCAUGGAGUCCUUCAUCGUGGUCACCGAGUGUGACCGAGAGCCACCCCUCCAGGCCCCCAGGCCCCAGCUCGCCACCCGCAAGCUGUCCCUGCAGGAACGGUCUCAGGGCGGCCUGGCAGCCAGCGGCAACUUGGACAUGAAUGGGCGCUGCGUCUGCCCAGUGCUGCCCCACUCGCCCGCGGGAUCCCCACAGUCCUCGCCCCGGCCGCCUCGCAGGCCCACCGUGGAGUCCCACCACGUCUCUAUCACGGGCAUGCAGGACUGCGUGCAGCUGAAUCAGUACACGCUGAAGGAUGAAAUUGGAAAGGGCUCCUACGGCGUGGUCAAGUUGGCCUACAACGAAAACGAUAACACCUACUAUGCAAUGAAGGUGCUGUCCAAGAAGAAGCUGAUCCGGCAGGCAGGCUUUCCGCGCCGGCCCCCUCCCCGAGGCACCCGGCCGACCCCAGGGGGCUGCAUCCAGCCCCGGGGCCCCAUUGAGCAGGUGUACCAGGAAAUCGCCAUCCUCAAGAAGCUCGACCACCCCAACGUGGUGAAGCUGGUGGAGGUCCUGGAUGACCCCAAUGAGGACCAUCUGUAUAUGGUAUUCGAGCUGGUCAACCAAGGGCCUGUCAUGGAGGUGCCCACCCUCAAGCCGCUCUCGGAAGACCAAGCUCGAUUCUACUUCCAGGACCUGAUCAAAGGCAUUGAGUACUUGCACUACCAGAAGAUCGUCCACCGGGACAUAAAACCUUCCAACCUCCUGGUGGGAGAAGACGGGCACAUCAAGAUCGCCGACUUUGGUGUCAGCAAUGAGUUCAAGGGCAGCGACGCGCUCCUCUCCAACACCGUGGGCACGCCCGCCUUCAUGGCGCCCGAGUCUCUCUCGGAGACCCGGAAGAUCUUCUCGGGGAAGGCCUUGGAUGUCUGGGCCAUGGGUGUGACGCUGUACUGCUUUGUCUUUGGCCAGUGCCCGUUCAUGGAUGCACGGAUCAUGUGUUUACACAGUAAGAUUAAGAGCCAGACCCUGGAGUUCCCAGACCAGCCUGACGUCGCGGAGGACUUGAAGGACCUGAUCACCCGCAUGCUGGACAAGAACCCUGAGUCCAGGAUCCUGGUGCCGGAGAUCAAGCUGCACCCCUGGGUCACGAGGCACGGGGCGGAGCCGCUGCCGUCGGAGGACGAGAACUGCACGCUGGUCGAGGUGACCGAAGAGGAAGUUGAGAACUCGGUCAAACACAUUCCCAGCCUGGCGACCGUGAUCCUGGUGAAGACCAUGAUUCGCAAACGCUCCUUCGGGAACCCGUUUGAGGGCAGCCGGCGGGAGGAGCGCCCCCUGUCGGCGCCCGGGAGCCUGCUCCUCAAAAAACCCACCAGGGAGUGUGAGCCCCCGCCUGAGCCCAAGGAAGGUCAGCAGUGCAGACAGCUCCAGGCCACCCCUCAUGAGGGAGGAGGAGGAGCUCCUAUGAAGGCUGGACCUUGUACUGACAGUUGGGGGGCCCUGGGCCCCGGCUCCCCGGCCUGCAUGCAGCCGCCGCAGCCCCAGGAAGAAGCUAUGGAGCUGGAGUAGCUGCCGGGACCGCCGCUCGCAUGCCACCUCUGGUGCUGCCCUGUCCGUCCGCCUCCCUCAGCAGCAUGCCCGCGGACUUGCAGCGCCACCGCCACCACCGUCUCUGGUUCUGUUUCUUCCUUUGUUGUGUGAAAGGGGACAAAACAAAAGUUGUGGGGGGAGGGAUUCGAUGCCCCAACAUCCACCUCGGCCGCCGGCUGGCUGGACGGGCAGGCGUGAGUCGCUGCAGACCCAAAUGCACACGUGUUUCUGGGCCAUCGCUUUUCAAAACAUUUCUAUGCCAAAAACGUUUGGUUGUGAAUCCAGCACUCUGCCCGGCCUGCCAGACGAUCGGACCAAAUGCGGAGGCUUCUGGAUACGUGUCGGGAAUGGCAGAGCCCCGGGCUGCAGAGCGAGGUGCUGUACCUGUGAAGAGCGGGUGUGAUUUCUGCCUCACGCACACUCCACGAACUGUCGGGAAGCCAGGACCCUGGGCGUCAAGAUAAGAGCAGGGCUGGCCCUCAGGAGCUCUGGGCUUUGCUGCCCCUUAUUUAUAAGAAGGACUUUUUACAUUUUUCUUUUUUUUUUCUAAUAGGCCCAGUUGUUGUCAGGGAAACUGAAAGGGCUCACAGUUCAGUCUGCUCGCUUCAGAAGGGGGUCGUUCUUGCCAGCCCUCGCAAGGUGUUGGGCAGUGGUGGUGGGAGGAGCGCCGCCCAAGGACCUGGCCGGGCUCCUCCUCCAAACGGGAGUCUGAAGAGGUCGACCGAGCUGUAGUCACAACUCUUUGUGAAAUGACCACAACUUCAGGGCGAAAAAAAAUCCUCCGCUUCCAUGUACAUUACAUGGGGUAAGAUUAAGCAACGACACCCACGUUAUUCAGAGCUUCCGGGGUGGGUUUCACUGCUUCCAGCUUGGGACGGGGUGUAGAGCCAAGGGAACCGCCCCAACACCCCCCACCCCGCCACCUGUGUAUUAGCAGCGUCACAUGUUCAGAACCUGUGAGUAUUUCAAGAGAACACUGAGGCUUUGACCUUGACCCAGCCACAGCACCAGUGGCUUGUCGUCCAUGGAACAAGGUGCCCAGUGGUGGAGAGCCAGGGCGGAAAUCCCUUCCUCUCAACCAAGAAGCACACGAUCGUCCUCACAGUCCCUGGUUUUUCGUGAGACUGCACCGAGUGACAGGAAGUCCAGAAGAUAGCCAAGAGACCAAGAAAGAAAGAUCCUCCUUGUUUUGACUCUCAGCCAGUCCUGAGAACUGUGGUUGGAGUCCCAGCGUCGGUCUUCCAGGGACCCGUGUGGGCAGGUGUCAGCUUCCUCGUGGGGAGAGGGGACUGAGAGGACUUCGCCGGGAGGGUGACCCUGUGCUUCCUGGGAAUUGGGGUCAAGGUCUCCAGAGACACAUGCUCCAUAGUCUCACUCCGAUCACUGCUGGUCCAAGGCCUUCUCCCGACGGCUGCCGUCCACACAACCCCAGGCGCCCUCGGCUUCCAUAGAUUGGUCUCCAACUCCUGACUGUAGUUUAGCAAGACCUUUCUUGGCCACUUUACAAGCAGCACAGAACUCGAGAAUGCUGGGUUAGAAGCACAAAGGACACAGGUCCGUCCGUCUGUCCGUCCGUCCGUGCCGUCGCAGUGUCCUGCCUGCCUGCCUGCUAUUCUGACACUAAGCACUUCCUUUUGUCCUCCCCCAUCCCUCCUCACUGCAUGGGGGAAAUGGUGGGCUACUUUGCAGUAAGCACCUUGCCAUGGUCAAAGUGGAUGCUUUUCCGUGCCCAGAGCAGGCCCGGCCCUGGAGUGUGGGAUUGCUCCUGUGUUUACACCACGGGCUAGGACCAGGCCCCACCCCACCGCCAGACUUCCCUGCUCAGGCUGCACAGUUGGCCGAUGGCUUUUCUACAAACACCAAAGAAAGCUGCUGCGGGAAGAAACCCCAUGGGAAGUUCAGUAACCAACCCCCCUUCCCCCCGAAGGCUAGAACCUGGCUAAGGCAGACACCUGUCUGAGGAAGGAAACUUCGAAGAUCUGCGAACGGCCCAGAGCUCGCUUCAGCUCCUAGAGAUUGGGCUGUGUGUGUAGAGCGGCGUGCCUCACCGGAGCACAGGCUGCCAGAGCUUUGAAGGCCAGCUCUCUUGGAAAGAAGAGCUCUUUGCGGGCAAGACACCCCCAGUUUCUUUGGCUGGCUUCUCCGUGGGACCAAGCUGGGGUAGCAGCCUGUGGCUGACACAAGGCCCCUGCCCCGUGUCCUGACCCUUCAGAGGCCUGCCCAGAGCACUUCUGUGGAGCAAUCCAAGCUCUGAAGGGCACCCCCUGCUGCUCUGGCCUUUCCCAGGAACAAGGGCUUUGGUGCCCCCAGCCUUCCAGGAACAAGGAGGAGAAUCUAUGUUCAGGGUGGGCAUCCCUGUUGCCCUCACCCACCCGUUCGCAGGUGAGCUUGCAGAGUGGAAGGGCUAUGGUAUGGCCCCCACUUGCUUCCAAGGUGCUAGGGAAGGUCUUCAGGUCUCGGUCCCCACUUCUCCCCGGCCGAGUAGGGACUGGACUUUGUACCCUGUGACCCAGUGAGUGUCCAUGCUCAUGUUUAAUUCCCGGUCCUGUCCACUAUGCAUUUUCCCUUUAUCAGGUGUACAGAGUUAAAUACUGUGUAUUUAUCACUUACAAGUUACAUGGACUUCAGAGAAAAUAGGCCUUUGGUGUUUCUGUUUUUCCACGAUGUUUAAGCUUCUCUGUAAACUUGAAAUAAACAGACAGCAACAUGGUGCACA